UCCAACUGCUGGUGCUAUUCCCGUUCACUUCUUCUACUUAUAUCCUCAAACGCCCCUUCAAAUACAUCUGCAAACAUGGAGGUCUUACUUGGAAUCACCGGGAAGGACUUCACCAUCAUGGCCUCAUCGAAGGCUGCGAUGCGUGGAGCCACCAUCCUCAAAGCCACCGAUGACAAGACACGGGAGUUGAAUAAGCAGACGCUCAUGGCCUUUUCAGGAGAAGCGGGAGAUACGGUCCAAUUCGCGGAGUACAUCCAGGCCAACAUCCAGCUAUAUUCCAUGCGAAACGAUACACAUCUCGGUCCGCCGGCAGUGGCGAGCUUUGUCCGAGGGGAACUGGCGAGAUCAUUACGGAGUCGAAGACCGUAUACUGUGAACCUACUCUUGGGCGGCUUCGAUUCGAUUACUGAGAAGCCGAGUCUAUACUGGAUCGACUACCUUGCAUCAUGUGUUCCCCUGCCGUAUGCGGCGCACGGAUAUGCUCAGUACUACUGCCUCUCCAUUCUCGACAAGCACCACCAUCCCGAUAUCGACCUAGAGACGGGAAUGAAGAUCCUCCGGAUGUGCACAGAUGAGCUAAGACGACGAUUGCCAGUUGACUUCAAAGGGAUUGCCGUAAAGAUUAUCACCAGAGAUGGAAUUCGGGAGGAGGAAUACACCGAUGACCAUGUUGUAAGGAGUGCAUAAGGGACGGGACAUGUGUACUUGGCGUACUGGAUCUCAAAUUUGCUUGAUGGUUGUCUUUAGCAUUGCACCUGAUACCGGACAGCCAGGGUCGUGCAUUUUCUAAUCGAAUGCAUAUCAAGGAUCUUUCCAUGUCAACAAUUCGACAUAUACCAGUAGAUCCAUAUGUGGCCACAUAAACCGCGCAGUGCCUAUAGACCGUAGAACCCAGCUGAAUGGCCAUCUACGGCAGUCUUGAGUCUUC